AUGUCGAUGCUCGUCAGAGCCGAAGGCAGCCAAGACGAGAGCGAAGGCGACGGGAGAAGAGGCGGCCGAGGCGGCGGCCGAGGCGGCGGCCGAGGCGGCCGAGGUGGCAGAGGCGGCCGAGGUGCCAAGAACGACGACCCGUUCACGGAAAACGUCGUCCAAGUUUCCCGAGUGACGAAAGUGACCAAAGGUGGCUCGCAGAUGUCCUUCCGCGCGACGGUUGUCGUCGGAGACGGUAAAGGUGCCGUUGGCGUCGGGUGCAAGAAGGCGAAGGAAGUGCAAGGGGCGGUGAUGAAAGCGGCGUCGGACGCGAGAAAGUCCGUGGUGAAGGUGCCGAUUGCAAAGGGAGACACGUUCCCGCACAGAGUCACGGUGAAAGGCAACGGCGGGUCGCACAUCAUGUUGAGACCAGCGGCGCCGGGUACUGGGGUCAUCGCCGGUGGGAGUUGCCGAUCGGUUUUAGAGCUUGCUGGAUACAAAAACUGCUUCGCGAAGCAAAUCGGGAGUAACAACCCGUUGAACAACGCUCGCGCUACGGUGAAAGGCUUAGCUCAAAUGAGAACCGCGAAAGAGGUCGCGGAAUCGAGAGACAUGACGCUCGAGGAAUUGUUUUCCGCUUAA